AUGAACACCAAUAGCUCCAGCUACUACUCUGCUCUCGGUCCACGAAGACAUUCCGUCGCGAAGAGCCAGAACGUCCACAACUGUGGCCUCGGCCUGCGUGAGGUCAAGAGCAGCGAUGAGGUCCUACACCGCCGCCGAGGUGCUUCUCACGGACGUCAGUUCACGGUAGCCAACGUCGGCAACAAUGGGCGUAUAUAUCUACGACCAAUCGCCAAUCAACCCUACACACCGCAUAGCUUGCAACCGGGUCCAAGCAUACACGAUACUACAACGCCUGCAGGGCAUCGAGCCAGCGUCUGGUCCAACUCACAGUUCUCGUACCUCGUUGACCAGCCAGACACCACUCUCGCCCAUGGACACACGCAGGCUUACCAUCACCUCCGUCGGUGGAAGUCUCUGCCCACCAUCGACGACGUCCCGCCAAGUCCUACUCGCGGAGGAUUGAAGGUCGUUAUCGAGGGGUACGAACUUGGAGACAGGAGACUGCCAAAUAUACCAGAGCCUGCGUAUAAAUUAGACGAGUUCAAGUUUCCUGACAGACAUGCCUCGACACACCGGCCGGUACCCAGUCCUCGCAGGUUGUCUCCGCCGAUAUCGAUGGACAAGAUGGACGGGCCCGUGCAUAAGUCCGCCGAUAGGGGACUCGGCCAAUCUGUCUUCUACAAGCUAAAGGAACCGAUCGACCCUUCCGUCUUCGACGACCUCAUCCCUAUAAUGCACGACCCUUCUGUGGUUCGGUACACAAAGCAGACUAAGCAGCUCUCCGCCGCUACCCCAGCACGCAUCGUUGCCCAGAUCUCCUCCGAGUCGUUUAUGGACUAUGAACUCGUUUCGGACUUCUUUCUCACCUUCCGAUCCUACCUCUCUGCGAGCAAUCUGCUCUCACUCCUUCUUGCUCGUCUCCAGUGGGCUAUCAACCGUCGUGCAGACGAUGGACGCAUCAUCCGUAUCCGUGUCUUCGCCGCCCUACGGCACUGGAUACUAAACUACUUCGUUGACGACUUUGUUGCAAACCAGAGCCUGCGCGCUCAGUUCUGUUCACGCAUAAAUUCACUAUAUGAUGAUCUUAGAGAGCGUAAUACCCGUGACGUCAGUGAUACCAAGAUCAUCCUAGAUCUCAAACGGUGCUGGAACGGGAGAUGUGCACAGUACUGGGAUGAUCCAGAGUUUGUCAACGAUGCACGACCAGAGGAUCCCAUUAUCCCCGGUGUUAACAGAACGGAUUCCAGACCUAAUGGUGAUGGAUUGUGCUUUUCAUAUUCUGAACUUGUUGCACCGGGUACGCCUACAUGCCAUAACCGCAAGGCAUCGGCUGCCUCCAUGAACGAUUUUCCUAAAAGUCCACCUCCUUCGUCGUCUACCUUCAACCCGUCAAGCUUCAAUCCCUCAUCCCGGCUCUCAGUACGCGGUAACAGUUUCUCCAACCAAGGUCGAGCUCCUCAUGCCAUCCCGGACCCUAUUCCAGAGCUAAACGCUUCCGCCUCUUCCCCCGUUCCCCCUAGUCCGCGUUCUCCUAUCUGGCGUUGGCCACUGCACUCCCACUCCCACUCUCACUCUUCUCACUCGCAUAAACGAAGCGGCAGCUUCUCUGACUCGUUUCGGGAUGACCGUGCUCCUCUCCCACAACCUCAAUCAAAUAUCAAUAUCGAUGGUGCUGGCGCAGGGCUUGGACUAGGGUCACUUGGCCAAUUCUCUGCCGAAACCGCGCAACCCUCAGGAGGCGUGAACAUGAGUAUCAUUCGAGGAAGCAUGCUCGCACCUUCGGAGCCAGAUGUACCAAUGACAUGCCCGCCGUCACCACCACCAGACCCAUCAAUGCCACGUCUUCGACCACCUAGCUCGUCUUCCUUUUCUCCACCACCGUCAGCAGCCGCUUCAUUCACACGGGUAGAAUCGCCACCAAAGUCUCCGGCGCCAGCAGUCAAAACGUUCAUGAGUUCACUUCGACGUGUCUUGUACAGCAGUGGCUCCGGUGCUAGUACCUCCACUAAUAGUAACUCCAACAAACCAGAACCGCGGCCGAUCGUAUCAGCGCAUGGCAAAACAUCUCUUCUCCCGCCAAAUAUCGUCUUUGGCUCCGACAGGUACCGUGAAAAGCGACCAGGCAUCCGAAGCGCCUCACGCAUCGACGUCUUGUGUGAGCGGACGUACCAGUCCUAUCAAGCAUUGGCAAGUCAAACACCAGUAGCAACACCAGUUGUUGCCGCUCGUAGUCCAAGUCCAAAGUCACAGUCCCGAACGGGCGUGGCCCCCUCACUCCCUAUUCCCAGUUACUCACGCGGAGCAUCUAGCCAAAUCACAACUGGCAGCCAGUCAAUUGUCAUUGUCGAUGAUACUGGUGCGCGCGUUGGUGCAGGGGGUGGCCUUUCGUUGCUUCCAGAGGAGUUCCAGAUGUAUUACCCUGGCACUGGCAAGGCUGCUGAAGAACCAGAGAUUGACCCGCUCACACCUAUCCCCAUCCAGGUGCCUCAAAAGGAUAAAUUAGAUAUCACCCCAUUUUCAACGCAUCACGAGAAUGCCCCUAUCGAUAGAUCAGGCUCGAGGCUUCGAAAGUAUGCAUCUUAUCAGAGCGUGUUGGGUGGGCAUUGUACGCAACGGCCGGCGUCGGACAUGCCCAAGGCAACUCCAGAUGCAGAUAUGAUUAAAUGUAGAGACUCAUUUCUGCCUGCACGGAUGCCCACUGCCACACCCUUGCGGCUACCCGAGAAACGACUUCGUCGACGGCCAGGCGGCAACCUCCGCAAGAUGCAAACCGCAUUGGACUCCGACGACCAAGAACCAGACGUCGACACUGAGCGUGGUCUAGCAAAAUUCAAGUUUGCAUCUGGCACAACCGCAACUGACUCCACAUCCUCGGCGUUGUAUAUCACCCGUACAUCAACGACCGUUGGCUCCAUCUCGCAUAGCGAGGACGAUGACUAUGAAGACGAUGAAGUUGACUUAUCCACUUCAUCGAGUGCACAAUAUUCAGUUAGACGUAGCAACACGCGCUCCCACUCCUCUCCACAGCCCCAUGUCGGGCAUAUCUUUGAAAACGCAGUUGCCGGGUUUCGGAAGAUACCCGACCAGGGGGAUGGGGGUAUUGAGUCAACUCUUCUUAAACUUGAAGGAAGGUGGAGGGCAGAUAUGAAUGUUGAGGUUGAUGAAAUUUCUCCUAGGGCUGUCUGCCCUAAUACUGGCGGGCAGAGUGCCUGUCGCCCCCGACCUGUGGAUGGUCCAAUACAGGGGCAAGGCGCACACGGGCAAGGCAUAAACGUCAACAUCAACGGCACGGCUUAUUCCGUAUAUGGGAAUGCGGGUGGAGGCACGAACACUGAGUCGUACCUAGGAUCAGAGUAUUCGUACUCUUCCAUUCCGCUCCUGGAGCGUGGGCUGGACGAUGAAUCGAUGAGAACGCCUAGAGUUCCUAGGGGUGAGAAUCGGUCUCCGUUGGGCGGAGAUACGCCAUCGCACCCGUCUAUUGAACUCAUAGAGAAGACGGAAAGCAUGGAUAGGAUUGCGCAGGGUGCGACUGCGCCGUCACCAGUAGAUGAGAAUAUGGAUGACAAUGUCUCCGAACUCUCAUCCGAGCUCUCGGUGGACGAUGACACUUCUAUCGGCAAGGGAAUUUCGCAUCCCACGCAUCCCCUCGCAGCGCCUGCUAUGCCACCGGCUCUUCUCCCGUCGGCCUCCCUGCCGCCAUACAAUCAUUAUGCAGGCCCGCCAUAUACCAACCAGUAUCAGGAUAGCCAUCCAAACUUCUCCCGUCCUCGCAAUAACUCGCAGCCAACUCUUACCCCCACCACUCCAACACCCACGCGCAGCACCUUUCCUAGCUCUGGUCACAUCGCUUUUAUCCUAGCUCACGACUCGCACACGCUCGCCCAGCAAUUCACUAUCGUUGAGCAAGCUGCGCUCAGUGAAGUUGAUUGGAAAGACCUUGUAGAUAUGCGCUGGGCCCAUUCCUGCCCUUCCCCGCUCAACUGGGUCGACUAUAUCUUCGCUGGCCCUGAGCGCAAGGGCUUAGACAUGGUUGUCGCCCGGUUCAAUCUAAUGGUCAAAUGGGCCGUGUCUGAAAUCGUGCUAACCAAGAAUAUCGCGGAGCGUGCUCUCGUGAUCACGAAACUAAUUCAUAUCGCUGUAUACGCUCGUAAGCUGCGCAAUUACGCCACCAUGUUGCAGAUGGUUAUUGCUUUGUCGUCUGUCGACUGUUCGCGGUUGACGAAGACGUGGGAGCGCGUUCCGGAGGUUGAAAGGGGGUUCCUGGCCGAGAUGGAAUCGUUGAUCCAACCCAUCCGUAACUUCCAUAAACUUAGGUCUGAGAUGGAAUCUUCCGUUCAGGACGGCUGUAUUCCUUUUGUUGGCCUCUAUGUGCAAGACCUCACAUACAACGCUCAAAAGCCAGCACAGAUCGCAAGCACCCGUGACGGUGAGCCAUUGGUCAACUUUGAGCGAUACCAUACCACAGCUGCCAUUGUGAAGAGCCUCCUUCGCCUCAUUGAUGCCAGCACAAAAUAUGCCUUCGAGCCCGUUCCCGGAAUAUUGGAGCGGUGUCUUUGGAUUGCGGCUUUGCCGGACGACGAUAUCAUAAUGUUUAGCAAAGCGAUUGAAUGA